AUGAUGUCCUAUGAUAUCAACGGUGCUAAUCAGGCCGACAUGCCAAUGACUACCGAUAACUAUAAACGAGCAGUCUUUCGCGCUGCACCUUCUCGCUUUUCCGUAGAGUUUCUCACUCCCGCCAAGCAAGGUGGUGCCCAUAGCCAUGGCAUGCGUAUAUGCCCACUGUCUCUGGGGGACCGGGCCUCGAUCUCUUCGAGAAGCUCAUCCUCAGACUACGACGUUUGGCGCAGAUGGGAGGACUGUUUGUGGCUCCAAGAUACCCUUGAAUCGGAGUAUAAGCGCGCUGCCAGGGAGAAACGCCAGCGUCUCCUCCAAGGCAAAGGCGUCAAGAGCUUCAAUGGAAUGUACAAGCAAGACAUGGCCUCAUCUUGGGAGUCACUACCUCCGGGGCCAGACCCGAACUCUGUCGCUCGCGACAUCCAUCAACACAUCCCUUUCCUCACCAAAAAAGGCACCCUCUUCCGAGCCAGUCUAGCCACCGUCGAACAAAGACAAAGGGAAUUUGAAGGCCUGAUCGAAGCCCUGUUCCGAGAUGAUAUGCCAGCACUUAUCAAAGAAAUUCGUUCCAGUCGCAUAGUGACCGAUUUCUUCGGCUAUUGGAGGCGGGACUAUGACCUGGAUGAACGCAACAGGAAGGCCGGAAAACCCCGUAGCUCCGUUACAGGCAGUGUCUUUUCCAUGUAUUUUUCCACUUCAAACCCAGACAAAGCAUGCGCCGAUACAUCAUCUCCUGCGAAGAAAUCACCGCGAAAAUCAAAGGAGAAGGAGCGGCCUCACUCAGCCGUGGCGUCAGAGACAACGGAAGAACCUGACCAAAGUUCUAGAAGAUCAAGUACAGAGAGUGCCGAUGCGUGCACUUCAGUCGCCCCAAGACGCCGCGCACUGUCUAACUCCUCAGAUUCGUCGUCCUCACAAUCUGACAUAAGUUCAGGUAGCUCUGCGGUUUCAAGCACGCCUGCGAUCGCAGAUGAAGCACCCUUUGUCUUUGGCCAUAAUCCUAUUCAGGCAUCAGAUACCGCCUUUUCUGUAUGCCCUCUGCUGGAGCCUCUUCGUGAGGAACAAGAGGACCUCGAGAAAUGGCGCCGUGAAGACUUCAAGGCUGCCUAUCUCCGCAGACCGAAAACUUCGGCCGGUGACCGUCCCUCAAAUCGGCAAUGCUCUAUCUUUAUCUCUCCUCCCAACGUUCCCGACUUUCUGGGAAGUGCAGGAAAUAGCCCCACUGAUGAAACUGCGUUUGCUGAUUCCAGUAUUCGCGAGUCUUGGCAAACGACGAGCUCAAAUGCGACAUUAUUGGAAGGCCUGGGGUUGACCACAGAACCUUCUUACCGAGCAUCGAUGGCCAGUAUUGCGACGUUUAUGACGACAGACUCCGCGAACGCUGUGAUACCCCUGACACCAACAACGCCACGCCCCAACGUAGCUCAACCCUUUGUCAAAGCCAGACCUCGAAUUUCCGAGCCCGUUUCUUUGUCGGAUUUCGAGAUGUGGUCGGAGAUCGACGAAGAGGACAGUUCCACAGCUAAUCUUGAUGAAUUCCCCCGUCCAACCUCGUUCAUUUCGGAUGGUGCCGAUAGUCGGCCAGAGACACCACUAGGGCUCUUUAACAACGACAGCAUGCCAGAGGCAACUGACGUUCCUGAACCCGCUUCACCGACAGCUUCGACAUUCUCGGAAACACUUUCAAUCUGCACUACGACAACGGAUCUCUCCACUUCCACUGCGACAACACAUACUUCCACUUCCACCACGACAACACAUACUUCCGUUUCCACUGCAGCAACAGAUAUCACGACCGCGUCUUCUACAUCGUCAUCUUACUCGUCAAUUCUGUCAAUCAAAGCAGCUCAUAACAACUCGAUUAUCAUGCUUCGCGUUCCUCGCGAAAUCACUUUAGCGGACCUUAGGCAACGCCUUUACAACAAAUUCGUUGGUCAAGAAGGCAUUCCUCUUUCCCAAUCCUUCGUGGUUGCUUGCAUGCUUCCCAAGAGUUCAACCGCUCAGCGCACGCGUUCCUCGUCAGUUUCUUGCGCUGCCAACGAGGCGCACAUGGAAUUGAUUAAAUCUCAGGCGGAGUGGGAUCUAGUUACUACCUUCAUUGAUGGGAGCAAACUCACGCUUCGCAUCCUUGACGGUCCUUAA